UGUAUGUGUAUACAUGUGCUGCGUUGUUUGCUGCAGUUGCGAUGCUGGUAGCAGGUAAACCUACUGAUAGGAACUUCUUGACAGAUGAUGUGGACCUCUUUAUAGCGAAUGGUGGAGAAGGAUCAGGAAAUGAUCUGGUGUUGCCUGUAGGGUCCCUUUACAAAUCCGCAUUCACGGCUAAGCUGACGACAGGACUCGAUUCAUUGUGGUUUGAAAAUCGCCGUAUCGUCUUCGAUUCAGUCUUGACCAGCGUCGGCAAUGACUACAAUCCUAAAGACGGCAGAUUUACUACCAGUAUCUCAGGAACCUACGUUUUCUCUCUGAGUCUAAUGAGCAAGUACUCAUCUGGUAGUUCUGCGUUUGGUUGUUUGCAAAAGAAUGAUGUAGAGCAGAUCUGCGUCUGGUCCAACGGAAACAGUGCCCACGAGAUGUCGAGCAAUACCAUCACACUCAAUCUGAAAAAGGGUGAUGUCGUUAACGUUAUCCUAAAGGGUGGCAGUUAUGGACUUCACAACUACGGUGAAGCUGGAUACUGUUCCUUUUCCGGCUUCUUGCUUUAUCCCGAGGAAAGUCCUUUGGACAAAAUAUUAGCAGCUAUUAACAUAUCUUAAUAUAAUAAUAAUAAUAAUAAUAAUAUAUGGUCAAUGGUCAAUGGUCAUAUAUUUAUAUAGCACCUUCCACAGAAAACCGUUUCAAGUAAUAUAUUUUACUUUUACACGGAUACACUUGAUUCACCCAAUGGUGUUUUUCGUCCAGGCCGUGCAAAGCCAUGUAAAGUAACAAAAUAUAAGGAAAAUAUAAAAUUAAAAGAACAAAAUGAAAACAUCAUUUAAACAAAAGUUUACCAAGUUCUUAAGUUAGUAGAAUCACAUGAACAUUUUAAUUUUGUGAUAAUCGUCUUUGUUUCGUAUAUCGUUCACCAUGUAUUGUUAAUUGAGGAAGUAGGCCUACUAUUUAAAUGUUACUGUGUGUAUUAUAAACGUGGCCACUUAGUGGUACUGUAUACUAAUUAAAUGUUUUGAUGAAGGGCGAUGCCCAAAAACGUUUGUGUUGUUUACCAAUAAAUACAGCAAAUACA